AUGAGAAGCCUACCGCCUGGACUUGUUGCUAAGGUCCGGUCGGCUUUCCAGGCAUGCUCCAGGCAACAUGCAGCGAGCAAAAGGACUCAAUUUAGCACCUUUCGGCCUCUGUUCAAGAAAUCAGCUCCUAGCAAGAAGAAGGAUCAGCUGCCCAUCCAGGUAGUACACAGUCAAUUGCAGGCACAGAAGGAAGCGGCCGCCAAAGCAGCCGCCAAAGAGUCCACGAGCAAAGGUCUCGUCCCGAGCUGCGACGAAGCGAAAUCACUCGACACUGGCCGACGAGUCGAGGUACCUCUGAAGGUCAUACCCAAGGCUGAGAUCACUCCCAACUUAACCUUGUCACCCAAAGAACGAUUACAAAUCGAACAACUCACGCGAAGGCUACCUCCUCGAGCCGAGCCACAAGUAUACAAGCAAAAGCUACGAAUAUACAGCGCAGGAAAUGGCAGAAUCUACUUCAUCACGUUCUUGCGUUUCACGGCGAUUCUGGGCCUGCUUUUCGUUACCGUUAUAGUUGCGCCGGCUCACUGGAUGAAUGGAAGCUCAUUCCUGGUUGUUGCUAGCUUAUGGCUGGCAGGCUUCGUGCCGUUUGCCUUCGUGAACUGGACACUGAGGCCGAUGGUGACGGAGAUCUUUCUCAGGCUGCCACAAUCAGCUCAACAUUCCCCCAAGGCAGCCAUGGCCUACGCGCAAAGUCUACCAGCAGACGCAAUGCUGGAUUUGAGGUUCAUGAGAAUGACGACCCUUGCCGACUCGUUGUCUCUGAAAUUGGCCAAUACUAGACCCGUCAAGAGCUACUUGCGACCUAUAAGCUUCGAAUGGUUCGGUCCUCUAGUCGAACGAGGUGGUUUACUGAGGCCAAAUCCUACUCAGUUCUACGUCCGUCCACAAUCAGCCGGCGGCAAGGCUGCACGGGAUGUCACUCCGGGCAUCUGGAGCAAAGUCUAUGAACGACUGACAGGAGUUGAAAGCAGUACUGUCGCCAAAUGGCGGCGGUGA